UAUUCGCGCGGUUGAUUCAUCCUUUUGACAGAUUCGUCGCUUCAUCCGUUAUUUGGAUAUUAUUGAAUAUAUUGAUUUGGGGGCGAUGUGAGGUUCCCAGCUCGCGAGCUGAAGUUUCCAUGGCUUUGGGUAUGGCUACUCUUCCUGUGUUCCACCAGCUGCUCACCCUAUCUAAUCCCAAAUCAGCAACCAUUCUCAGGCAGCGCCUACCCACUUCCAAUUCUCAGAGGCCUUUCCAUGUCUCUAUUCUCUGUUGCUCUUCUACUUCUCAAUCCCCAGAAGCUAACAUCGAAUCUGCGGAGUCCUCUGUCAAUCUCGGCCUCCAGCUCUUCUCUAAAGGACGGGUCAAAGAAGCUUUAGUCCAGUUUGAAGCAGCACUGGAUAUGAAUCCCAACCCCUUGGAGGCCCAAGCUGCUUUGUACAACAAAGCAUGUUGUCAUGCCUAUCGUGGGGAAGGAAAGAAAGCUGCUGACUGUCUGCGUGUUGCAUUAAGAGAAUAUGACCUGAAAUUUGGCACAAUUUUGAAUGAUCCUGACUUGGCCUCAUUCAGAGCUCUUCCUGAAUUCAAGGAAUUGCAAGAAGAGGCUAGGAUGGGUGGAGAAGAUAUAGGAUAUGGAUUUCGAAGAGAUCUUAAACUCAUUAGUGAAGUCCAAGCACCUUUUCGAGGGGUUCGGAGGUUCUUUUAUGUGGCACUGUCUGCAGCUGCUGGAAUUUCGCUGUUGUUUAAUCUACCGAGGUUGUUUCGGGCUAUUCAAGGUGGUAAUGAAGCUCCUGAUGUUUGGGAAACUGUUGGAAAUUUAGCUGUUAAUGUUGGAGGUAUUGUCGUUUUUGUGGCGUUAUUUUUAUGGGACAACAAGAAAGAAGAGGAACAGCUUGCACAAAUAUCAAGAAAUGAAACGUUAUCAAGGUUGCCUCUGCGUCUUUCCACCAAUCGAGUUGUUGAACUUGUUCAGCUACGAGAUACUGUAAGACCGGUCAUUUUAGCUGGGAAAAAGGAGACAGUUUCUUCAGCCAUCCAAAAGGCGGAGAGGUUCAGAACUGAGCUCCUUAGACGAGGUGUUCUCUUAGUUCCUGUCAUAUGGCGCGAAGGUCGGGAGCCCCGAAUGGAAAAGAAAGGGUUUGGUGCUCCAGCCCCUGCUGGUUCUGCUGCUCUGCCAUCUAUUGGGGAAGAUUUUGAGAAACGAGCUCAGUCUAUAACUGCCAAAUCGAAGUUGAAAGCUGAAAUUCGAUUCAGGGCUGAUGUUAUAUCACCUGCAGAAUGGGAAAGUUGGAUAAGAGACCAGCAGAAAUCUGAAGGGGUUACUCCUGGUGAGGAUGUCUACAUAAUAUUGCGAUUGGAUGGUCGAGUUCGAAGAUCAGGGAGAGGAAUGCCUGACUGGCAAAAAAUUAUUGAAGAGUUACCACCAAUGGACGCUCUUCUAAGCAAGCUAGAAAGAUGAGAUAAACAGAAACGAUAUGCAAAUGCUCGUGGAAACUAUCGAUGGCAUCGCUUUCGCUACUCGUUCGACUUCCACACGAACACCCAGAAGAGUAAAAGGUCUAGUUAUACAUUCUUAGCUAAUUGUGUUUGCUAUAACUGUGUUUGGAGGAUGGGUGAUUGAAUUGAUAUGAUCAGAUGGGUCAUUGGGGCAAUAGAUUCUGAGUUAAAAGAAACCAGUUGGUGGACUCUCUGUUUCUUGAACUUAGCUUUCUUGAACAACCACACUAUCUUUUAAUAUCAUUUUUAUCACUUUCUUGGUAGGUUGUGAAAAGGGUCUUCAGAUAAAUUGGAAUGCUUUUUGAA